UCCACUCAUCCGCGCGAGCAUCUGUUGUGGAGCGCAGUCGCGGAGGAGGAAGGCUGAAAGCGACGGGACUCUUACCGGGGACGACGUCAGAAGUUAAUAGUCUGUUCUCGCUUCACUGAAUCCUGGACAUUUCGCCUCCUUUAAUAAAAACAGGUCCUCUGUCCGGCCGCUGUUACCAUGGCGGAGGCCCACCAGGCUGUGGCCUUCCAGUUCACCGUCACUCCAGACGGCAUCGACMUGCGGCUGUCCCACCAGGCGCUCUCUGAGAUCUACCUCUCCGGGGUUCGCUCAUGGAARAAGCGCAUCAUCCGAGUCAAGAACAGAGUGAUCUCAGGUGUGUAUCCUGCCAGUCCUUCUUCUUGGCUGUUUGUGGUGAUCGCCAUCCUGGCCACCAUGUACACGCGCUCCGACCCRUCCAUGGGACUCAUAGCCAAGAUACAGGAGCACCUGCCUGUCAGCCAGAUAAGUACGCAGUGCCAAGCGGUGGUGUCGGCGGUGGUCUUCAGCACGAUGCUGUGGCUGCUGCUCAUCUUCACCAUGCGGCUCUGCCUCAAGCAGCUGCUCUCCUACCACCGCUGGAUGUUCGAGCAGCACGGCAAGAUGUCCACCACCACCAAARUCUGGGUGGCUCUGGUGCGGAUCUUCUCUGGCAGGAAGCCGCUGCUCUACAGCUACCAGGGAUCGCUGCCAAACCUGCCUGUUCCUGCCGUGAAGGACACAGUCAAGAGGUAUCUUGAAUCAGUGCGCCCCCUGGUGGACGAUGCAGAGUACGAGCGCACAAACAAGCUGGCCUCUGAGUUCGAGAGCAGCCUGGGUAAACGCCUGCAGUGGUACCUCAAACUCAAAGCGCUCUGGGCCUCAAACUACGUUAGUGACUGGUGGGAGGAAUACGUCUAUCUACGAGGACGGAGCCCCAUCAUGGUCAACAGUAACUACUAUGGAAUGGACUUCCAGUAUGUGACUCCUACUCCCAUCCAGGCAGCCAGAGCCGGGAACACCAUCCACGCCUUCUUCCUGUACCGCAGGAAACUCAACAAAGAGGAGAUUAAACCUUGGUUGUUGAGGUCUGCAGUUCCUUGCUGCUCCUAUCAGUUUGAGCGGAUGUUUGACACUUGUCGAAUCCCCGGAGCGCUAACAGAUUCUGUUCAGCACUGGGAGGACAGCGACUACAUCGCGGUUUACCACAAAGGUCGAUACUUCCGCCUCCGGGUCUACCAGGCCGGCAGGAUCCUGUCGCCCCGGGAGAUCGAGUUCCAGAUUCAGCGGAUCCUCGACGACCCGACGCUGCCGGCCAAAGGAGAGGCCAAACUCGGAGCUCUUACGGCCGGGGAAAGAAUCGCCUGGGCGAAAGCCAGGCGGGAGUAUUUCAGCAGCGGCGUCAAUAAACGCUCUCUCGACUGCAUCGAGAGGGCGGCCUUCUUUGUGGCGCUGGAUGAUGACGAGCGAGGCAUGAUGGCCGACAAUUCGCCAGAAGGUCUGGACCGCUACGCCAAGUCCUUGUUGCACGGAAACUGUUACGACAGGUGGUUCGAUAAAUCCUUUACAGUCGUUUACUACAAGAAUGGGAAGAGCGGGAUCAACGCGGAGCACUCGUGGGCGGACGCGCCGGUGGUCGCCCAUGUGUGGGAGUACGUUCUCGCUGCCGACAGCUUCCAGCUCGGCUACAACGAAGAGGGACACUGCAAGGGAGCGGUCGACUCGUCGCUGCCUCCACCGCAGAAACUCGGCUGGGAAAUUCCCUCAGAGUGCCAGGAGCAGAUCUCCCGCUCUCUGGCGGUCGCCCAGGCUCUGGCUGACGACGUCGACUUCCAUGUUUUCUCCUUCCGAGAAUUCGGCAAAGGAAAGAUCAAGAAGUGCCGCGUCAGUCCUGAUGCUUUUGUACAGAUGGCUCUUCAGCUGGCUUACUUCAGGGAUCGAGGGACGUUCUGUUUGACGUACGAAGCGUCCAUGACCCGCCUGUUCCGGGAGGGCAGGACGGAGACGGUUCGCUCCUGCUCCAGCGAGAGCAGCGCCUUCGUUCGAGCGCUAGAAGGCGGAGAGCCAGCAGACGUGUGCCGGCGUUUGUUCCGCGCCGCAUCGGAAAAACACCAACAGCUGUACCGAAUGGCGAUGACCGGCGCCGGGAUCGACCGGCACCUGUUCUGCCUCUACGUGGUUUCCAAAUACCUGGGAGUGGACUCUCCCUUCUUGAAAGAGGUUCUGUCUGAGCCGUGGAGGCUGUCGACGAGUCAGACUCCCGUCCAGCAGGCGGAGCUGUUCGACUUGGUCAACUACCCAGAGUACAUCUCCUGUGGAGGCGGCUUUGGACCCGUGGCCGAUGAUGGUUAUGGAGUUUCUUACAUGUUUUUGGCAGACAACAUGAUUAAUUUCCACAUCUCAUGUAAACACUCGUGUUCUGACACUGACGCCCAUGUCUUCGGCAGUAAGAUCAGGGCAGCCAUGCACGAUCUGCUCCACCUGCUGGACCCCGUCUACAAGGAGCCCAACAAGGAGCCGAGCAACGCCGAGGUCAAGAAAGACAAGUAGACGCAAAGGAUGCUGGGAAAACCGUGUGGAAACAUUGAGUUGUUCUUCACAUGGUGGGACCUGUACCGUCAGGUGGAGGAUUCUCGUUUUUCUUGUUUAAAUAGUUUCUUUGAAUGGCGUAGAACGAUGAAGAUUAUGUUUUUAUCGACGCGGCUGUAACUUUGUGUGUGUGAGUGUGUGUGUGUGUGGAGAAAGAAAAUGUGCACAACUAGUUUAACAAAAUGAAGCUAUAUAAUAUUUAUCUUGAUGUUUGGUCAUUAUAAUUUAAAAUAUAGAGCCAGUUUCUCAUCCAAACCCGUCCAGCGCUGGGACAGAAGAUCCUGAAGUCGCUCCACUGCAGGGAAUAAUCCGUUUGACUUUCCGUUGCGUGAAGUAAAGCCGCGGACUUUCUCCGGUUUGAGUGAGAAGUUUUGCUUGUGAGGUUUUAAGGUGAAAGGGAAAACGUCAUUUUCUACCAUGUCGAAGUGGGAGCCUUUGUUUUGAAAAGCUCAGAAGUCUGUGACUUCCUUCCUGUUUGUGUAAAUCAGAUUUUUAUAUAAACUAAUAUAAAAUCAGUAGAUGAUCUCGAGUGCCAGGUGGGUUAUCCAUGUGUUUCUAUUACAGUUCUGUUUCAUUUUCACUGCUGUUUUAGUUUUUUUACGUGUGUUAAAUUAGUGCCAUAACGAGGCAAACUAUAUUUUUCUGGGUCCGUUGUGACAUCAGCCAGCAGUGCUGCUCUCCAGAUGUCCAUCAGAUGUUGAAUAUAUUUCCAGGUUUCUGUUACUUGAUGACCUUCUUUGUUUUUCACCCUUACACAAAUCACUUUGUCUUAUUGGUUUAUUAUUGCUAUUGUAAUGCUUUUUAAUGCAACAUUAUAAGGGAACAUUAAAACAUUCUUAAGAAAAACAGAAAAGCUUUGAAUUUCUUUCUGUUUGGAUUCGGGAUGUGGAGAAACACGGUAGAGGAAGCAUCAUGCUGAUACUCGACGAUGUCUUUCUGCUGGUCACUGAACUUUAGUUUAAAGCUGAAACGAUUAAUCAUGAUUAAUCAAUUACUUAUUCAUUGCUAACUGGGAUAUAAAGACUGAUAAAGGCCAUCUGCUGACAAAACUGAAAAAAUUUACAUUUGCACUU